GAAGUUCUCUUUUUCCCUUUUCCCAAUCUGUCAAAAGUGUCAAUUCUCCCAUUCCCCUUUCCCCCGCAACCCCGCAUCAAACAAUACUUACCAUCCACCACCAUGGAAACCGAUCCCGGAUUCAUCGCCGCUCUCGAGGAGGCCAAGCAAGGAUUGGCCGAGGGAGGCGUCCCCAUCGGAGCUGCCCUGGUCUCCAAGGAUGGCAAGAUCCUCGGUCGCGGGCACAAUAUGCGCGUCCAGAAGGGCAGCGCUGUCUUGCAUGCUGAGAUGUCCGCGCUCGAGAAUUCGGGUCGGUUGCCCGCGUCGGCCUACGAAGGUGCCACCAUGUACACCACCCUUUCGCCAUGCGAUAUGUGCACCGGUGCCUGUAUCCUCUACAAGGUGAAGCGCGUCGUCAUCGGCGAGAACAAGAACUUCAUGGGCGGCGAGGAGUACCUUCUCAACCGGGGAAAGGAAGUGGUUGUCUUGGAUAACAAGGAGUGCAAGAAGUUGAUGGAGGACUUUGUCAAGGACAAGCCGGAGCUCUGGAACGAGGACAUUGCCGUCUGAGUUAUCGUGAGAAAAGGGUUUCGCAGAUACGCUGCAGCGGAGAUAUCCAACAUGUAUAAAUUUAUAGUCCAGAGAGCAAAUGAG